AUGUCCAUGUUCAUGUCACAACCCGCCUACGCCUACGCGGCAGCUCCUCCUCCUCCCGGACAGAACUCAGGUGCUAGCAGCCCUUUCAGCACCUCUGCCAACCCCGAUGAGGACUGGACCAAGAUCUCUGACCUUGCCGAGCGCCGACGGAUACAGAACCGCAUUGCUCAGCGCAACUACCGCAAGAAGCUCAAGCGUCGCCUUGAGGACCUCGAGCGCCGUGCUAGCUCUUCUGAUGAUGCUAAGUCCGAUAAGCAGCCCCAGAAAACCACCAAGUCGAAGCGAUCCUCCUCCUCUACGUCCCAAAAGCCGCAGCCCGCUACCCCCGCCAAGCCUGUCAUCUCUCAGGGUCAGUUCACUCCUCCCAGGGAGCCGGCAGACGAUCUCUUCGUCCCUGGCACCUACGGCAACUGGGCUCACUCCAACAGCCUUUUCCAGCUCACAUACUUGACUUAUGCGGCUUCUGAUGGGAUCCCCCUCGCUCCCCACGGCUCCCCAAAGACCCACCUGACCAUGACUACCGCUGACGCCUACCACAACUAUCUCAAUGCUUCCGCCGUGCCCAUGAUGGUUUCCCCGAUGACGCAUUUUAGCGAUACCAUCAAGCGGGAGUCGUCCCCCAGCGAUGACUGGCUGACCCCUUACACGACAUACGGCUACAUGCUGCCCAUGGACUUCAACACUCCCAGCCCUUACGACCAGUUCACAUAUUACCUCCGCAGCCAGCCUACCUCUCAAGAUUCCCCGGUUACCUGCCUCCGGGAAGCAGUGCAGUUUCCUCCCUGA